AUGGAUCAAACACGCAUUUAGCAUACUUAAAUUUGUCAAAUUCACUCCAAAAAGAAAAUUAAAUAUUUACAAGUAAAAGAGAUUGCGAAUGAUGCUAACAAGAGUGUACUUCUAUGUAAUGAAUGUUUUAAUGAAGACCUUGACUCCAAAGCUAAAGAUAUAAUCAAGAUAUCAUAAAUUAUUGAAGAUGGUGAAACAUAAAUUAUUUCAAAAUGGCCUCCUUUGGAAGAUUAAGAAAUUACCAAAAAACUAAAGCAGCAAAUGGAAAGCUUAGAAUCAUCUAAUUCAAUUUUAAAAAAGAUCAACGACUACUUUACAGUUUUAAAGAAUGAAGUAAUGAAUGAAAUUGAUAUGUGUCAAAAAAAAAUGAUAAAUUAAGCAAUAGAACUACCUUUUAUAAAAGAUCAGCUUUUAAAAUAAUACUAAUAAAUAUCUUAGAUUUCAAAAUUAAGAUAACUCAUACUAUAAGGUUAAGAAUCUUCUUUUGAAGAGCAUUAAUCUAGUUACUUAGAUAUAUCAAACAUUAGUAAUGUCAAUUCUUCAAGUAGUUCUGAUAAACUAAUGUAAUUAAUAUCAAAUAAAAGCAAUUUUUGUAGUGAACAGUUUUUGAAGCAAGUAAAGGAUAUUUUAGAUAAGGUGAAUCCAGUCUUAGAUAAAAUAGAAUUUGAGAAUAUGCACUCUUAGAACUAUAAACCAAUUUAAUUUUCAAAAAUCAAUUUGGAUUAGAUCUUUUCAUCAUCUGAGAAAUUCGACUUGCUUAACUAACUUCAAGAGGCUGAUGUUGAGGAAUUAAUUAAUCUACUAAAAAAGAGAAUAUAGUUUUAAGACAAAAAAAUUUAUGAAACUAGUCAAACUUAUAAACAAAGCACUAAUUAUUAAGAAAGUAAUAAAAGACUUUCUAUUAAUAAAAAUAGCAGCAAAAAAAUCAAAAUAAAAGUUGAUUAACCAAAUUAUUUUGGACUGUAUAAAGAUUGGGAUAUAAAUUGUGUUUCUCAAAAUAUUCUUGAAAAAUAAAAAAAAUAUAUUUUUAGAAUAAAAUGCGAUGUUAUUUAACCUGAAGUAUUGUUUAACAUAGGAUUAAUAUAGAAUGAGAGUAUUGAUAAAAUCUAAGGUUUUAAAGAUAAGCUUAGCUGUAGGUUUAUGAGCUUAUAAAAUAAAAUUAAAUAUUAAGGAGGUUGUGGAAUUGACAAGAUUACUAAAGGAUUUGACUUUGAAAUAGAUAAAAAUAGUGUCUUUGAGUUGAGAGUUUGGAUUGAAGGAUAGUAAUUAGAAAUACUUGAUUAUCCAGAUUAUUAGAAUAAAAUAGAAUUAAUAGAUUAGAAUAAACAUUAUCUUGAUUCAUAUUAAGAUCUAAGAAUAUACUUAUACUUAUUCGACAACUCAGUUAGUUAUUAACUUGUAGAGGCUUAUACUGUAGAAUAAUUUGAUUUUUGA